AUGUUUCGAAAACUUAAGAAACUUAUCGGAAUCGACACACUAACGACGCAUGAUCAAACAUCAAAUCGAAAACGAGAUGAAGUUCCACCAGCAUGUUUCGAAUAUGGUCCAUUGCCACAAACGUUCUUCGGUGCAGCCAAUAUGGCUCGAGAAGAUGAUGGUUACAAUGAUAUUCCAAGUUUCGCUCAAAAAUCACAGUUCAAAAAUAAAAAGAACCUGAGAGAUGAAGCUUUUGAUGAAAAUUUUGUUAAAUUGAACCAAAGCCGAUCAAAAUCUCAUGAAAGACCAUUCAGUCGUGCUGCACGAGAUGGUUCCUGUGAACAUUUCCACGAUGAUCUACCUGGUACUCCGAUUAAAUUUCGUCGACGAAACCUUUCACAUGAUCUACUACAACCACGUAGCUCAAUACCAUUUUAUCAUCAGCAACAUUCUCUUCCUGGCAGUCCUGAAAUGGUUCGUCAUUUUCAAUAUCGACAACAAUUAGAAGAUAUGAUAAGACAGCAACAACAACAGCAGCAGCAGCAAGAUAUGAUGAUGGGCCAACCGAUGCAAUUCUAUCCUCAAAUUCAACAGCAACCAUUUUAUCCAAUGAUGCAUCCUAAUGCAAACACACACGGCUGGUUUAUGAUGCCACAGCAGCGACAACAGCCAAUUUAUCCAUUUUUUUAA